AUGCCACUCGGCCUCCAGGAUUUACCCCCAGAGAUCCAUCGAAUUAUUCUGCGGGCUCUGUCCAAGCAACAUGAGCCUAGUGUUCGGGCCUUUGCCGGCGUGAGUCGAACUUGUCACGCAUUGGCUAGGCCGCAUCUCUAUCACACCCUCAAGAUCACUGCACAGGAUAGCGAGGGAUUAGGUGACCUCGUUGAAAACAUAGCGCAGGCCCUUCAACGCAAUGCGAGUUUCUCAUACGUAAACCGGCUUGUGGUUGACGGAGAAUUGAUCUCGCGAGAAUCAACCAAGUUCGAUUCAAGAGAGCAAGGCACCAAAUGCAUCGAGGUCUUUGCGGAUGACCUGCAUGGAUCCCUAGAUCACUACGAGAAGCUCCCUCUGCUCAUAGGGAUGGAUCAUUCGCAUGAUGAAGCGUUCCCACCCUACAAUGCCUGGCAGCCCUUGGCGGAUCUAGUCCAACGGCUGCCCUUGCUAUUCGAUUUGAUAUUUCUAUGUCCCAAUCAAUUUCCCCUGUGUCUAUUGGAGACCCUUCACCGCCAUCAUCCAGAAUGUCGGCUUCAUAUCUCCAAGUUCUUUCUGCGGAGUUUGAACGGCCCUUUAACAGAUCGAUCCGAAUUUCAGUUGGCCACCUCGCCAUGCCUCUUCAGCAUAAACACUGAUUACGAGGAUGAGUAUCCCACAGGCCAUCCAGAAUUUACGCCAGACGGUGCAUACCAUCGUGAAGCUGUGAUGCAUAUGGUGUCUAGACUCGCCCCCAAUUUGAAAGAAGUGACUCUCUUUCGCCCGAUGGGUCCUGCUACACAUGACAACUCCUUUCUGCCACCUUGGGAGGGGUUUAGUCAGGAGAAGGGGUCGAUCCCAACAAAAGAUUUACGGCAUGGCGCUUUAAGAUACCUUCGAAUUCAUAAUCCAAUUUCCAUCGAGAAAGAGGAGAUGAAGCUUUGGGCGGCUCAUACGGACUUCUCCGUCCUAGAAGUGCUCAAGCUUGAAACAUGUCUCACUCCCGAUCUACUCAACUAUUUGGCAACCGAUGUCGAUUUCACCUGCUUGAAAAGUCUAGUUUUAGGUGGCCCGCUAGUCGAUUAUAUCUACCCGCAAGUGAAGUGCUUCCUCCAGAAAUUACAGCCAUUGUCCUCCCUGACGAUAGAGAGUUGGAAUGACGACUUUGUGGUGGAUGACAUUGUGGAUCCUCACGGGGCCAGCUUAAUCGAGUUAACGCUGGCAAGUCCAAUUAAUAGACCAGUCGAGUCGAUCAUGCAGUAUGAUCUAUCGAUGAUCGCCCAGCGCUGCUGCUUGCUUCAAUACUUUGGUCUGACUCUCGACCGCACGGAAGGGAAUUCCGAAGAAGUCGCUCUGUAUAGAACUCUGGGUUCCUUGCCACAACUGAAAUGGGUCUCCUUGACAUUGCAAGUAUCAGUGACCUGGGACUUUAUCUCCCAUGACGAUGAGGACCACAUGAUCGACCCGCGCUUUGAAGACGAGUUUGAUCAACAAAUCCCAGACGACGUUGGCUCAGGCGCGUGCAAUGGUGCGAUUCGCACACGUCUAGUUAACUGUGCGCUCGAUCAAGCCCUAGGGCGAGCCAUCUUUCGUGCGAUCUCCGCGGGCAAGCCCAAAGGUUCCAUCCCAUUGGAGAAACUGAGUAUACGGACAACCGAUGUAGAGGAGUUUGGGGAAGUUGGGUUUCCGGAGCCGUUGAGGCCGGUACUUAGGCACCUGAGCAGACCCUUGCAGGUUACGCAGCAUGUCCGCGAUGACUGCCGUGACGAGCUGCUAGUGGAGCAGGAAGAACCCGCUGACAAGUUCCCACCUGAGAUCCCUGAAUGGCUUCAAGCCAUCUGGCGUCGCAUUUGGCCCAAGAAGCUGACAGAUGAAUGGUGGAAUGACUGGCACAGCUUGCCUCUUGCUUCGGUGGAUGUUUGGUGUGGGAUGUACCGAGACUGA